AUGUUAGCAACAACAGCACCAAACUCGUUAGUUAUGAAUCCAACUUCAAUGUUAGUAGAGAUGAAAAGCUUCAUUCCUUCUUCAUAUACUUUCGAAACAGAAAUCCAGAAGAUAAAGCAAGAACUUCUCCAAGGAGAUUUAGACUGUAGUGCGAAAGAUGAAACAAAUGAACAGUAUCUUUAUGAAAUGCAGGACAUUAUUGACCAUCUACCUAAACUUCCUGAAAUCCAACAACAAAAACUCACUAUUCCUGAAUUCGACGAAAUUGAAGUCAAAGCAACUGACUCAGUAGAAAUAAAGAAGUUCAUACGAAAGGUAAACUAUGAGUUUCUAGGAUUUCAUUGCAACCAUAAAGUUAUGGACAAAGAUUGCGAUAUGGUAUAUAAGAACAUCUCUGACAUAUAUAAAUCUGGGGAGUUUAAGACCUACGACAACUUUGUUUCGUUAGUUGCAAAAUGUGUUUGGGAAAUAAGAGAUAAAGAUAGUAGGGGUAAGGUAUGGAACGAACAAAUAAAACCCGCUAUGUUCGAGAUGAAGAGAGCAAUUGACGCCUUAGUUGUUUUAGCAGGUAAGGUUUCAGAAUAUAACGCAAAAAUGAACCCGCAAUGUUCUAAAUGUAAGGCAGCAAUUAGGAAAUAUAACUACUCAGUCAAAGAGAUAGAACGUAUGAGAAACGACUAUGCAGAUUUAAAGAAAGAAGCAGAAAAACCAGCAGAAGAUAA